AAGUCAUAAGAAGCCCUUCCAUUUCAGGGCUCGUUGACGUCACCAAGAGGCGAUAAAUAUCUGUUGAUAUAAUUGGAUGUGAGAUUCAGUGUUGAGAUAGCAAAAUUCUGCCCCUCGCUCCUUGGCAGGGCCCUAUGAUUUAUGCAGGAGCAGAGGCAGCACGCAAUCGAGCUGUCAAGAGAGCGUCAGCUUAUUAGGCAAAUGCUGCGUGCUUUCUGAAGGGGGUCGACGCUAUAAAACCCACUCCAGGCUCUGGUGUGGAGAAAGUCGGAGCCCAAGUCCACUGAGAGACUGAGGGGAGAGAGGAGAGAGAAAGAAAAAGAGAGUGGGAACAGAAAGGAGAGGGGAAGAAAACCUCCAGAAAAAGCCCCGGAGACGUCCCUCUGCAGAGAGGCGGCAGCGCUCGGCUCACCUGCGCAGAGCCCGGUAAGCCAGCGCCCCUAACAUGCGGCUGCCGCUGCUCGUGUCCGCGGGCGUCCUGCUGGUGGCCCUCCUGCCCUGCUCGCCGUGCGGGGCCCUCCUGAGCCGGGGGCCGGUCCCGGGCGCCCGGCAGGCCCCGCCAUCCCCCCGGCCCCUGGAUUUCUUCCAGCCGCCGCCGCAGUCCGGGCAGCCCCGGCAGCCGCAGCCUCGGCCCGUCCUGCUCCGCAUGGGAGAGGAGUACUUCCUCCGCCUGGGGAACCUCAACAAGGGCCCCGCCGCCGCCCCCGCGCCCGCGCCCGCCUCCUCGCUGCUCGCGGGCGGCAGCGGCAGCCGCCCCUCGCCGGACCCGGCGGCCGCCAACUUUUUCCGCGUGUUGCUGCCGCAGCUGCUGCCGCCUCGGCGCCCGCUCGACAGCCCCGCGGGUCUCGCGGAGCGCGGCGCCGAGAGCGCCCUCGGCGGCCACCAGGAGGCACCGGAGAGGGAGAGGCGGUCCGAGGAGCCUCCCAUCUCCCUGGAUCUCACCUUCCACCUUCUCCGGGAAGUCUUGGAAAUGGCCAGGGCCGAGCAGUUGGCGCAGCAAGCUCACAGCAACAGGAAACUGAUGGAGAUUAUUGGGAAAUGAAAUGGUGCGUUUGGCCAAAAAGAUUCUGCGUUUAGCACACACACACGUUUGAAAAAAAUUACAGUAUUCUGUACCAUAGCGCUGCUCUGAUACCAUUUGUUUAUUUUUAUAUAGCUUGAAGCAUAGAGGACGUACAGGGAGAGAGCCUAUACCUCUUAACCAGCAUGCACAAAGUGAAUUCGCGUGCAGUAACAACGCAAUGUUGUUCGUAUUGUCUACUUUUAGUUCCCAUUUCCAGAUGUCUGUAGUGGUGUUUUAAAGAGAAUGUAGACGUGGGAGGAAACGUUUCGAAGAUGCAGACAUAAGUCAUCCGAACUGUUUUUGUUGUGGUUUGAGCCAAAGAGAAUGCCAUUCUCUGGGGUGGGUACGAUGGAAUCUGUAAGUUCUCCGAAUUAACUUUUCUUGUGAACGUUUCAGUAAUAAAACAUCUUUCCAAUCCUUGGUCAGUUUGUUUGUGUAAGAGAAUGCUAAAUAUUUAUAUUUUUAAUAAAAGCUGCAAAGGUAA